AUGUCAACAUAUCGUAAAAAUCAAAUAACACAGUCAAUAAUUAUCCGGGUUAAUGAAUAUGGAUUACACGAAGCAGCAAAUUACACGAAACAGUGGUUACAAAGGACAAUACCAAAAAUUUAUUUCAACACUUUUGAAUAUCAGUUUGAAAAGGGAUUUGCUUCUGGUUCAGUUAUGUUGAAAAAUUUAAAAACCGAAAAAUUUUUGACUCCUAUAAUACGAUUUCGCCCGAGUGAUCAUGGCUUUAUCUAUAUGACUUCCGAAUCCGGAUUUUUCCAGAUUUCGGCGGAAUUUUUGAUCGAUUCACAGUUUUUUUCACUGCUCCGCAUUCCACUUGGUGGUUCAGUGGUGGCUCAGAUGACUGGUUUAGACUCCGAAAUUGGGCUGCAGGUAACUCCGGAAAAUCAAUUGGAAAUUUAUCGCUGCGACGCUGGGAUUGUAGACUUGAAGUUAAUGUUUGGCGGCUCAUUAGCUGCAGACCUUAUACAUUGGUUUAGGCGAACUCUCAGCAAUGCAAUUCGUAACAAGCUUGAAGAGAAAUUAUGUGAAACAAUCACUUCAAAAUGGUUGCCGUGGUUUAAGAAACGACUUGCAAGUUUUCCAGUGAAUGUAACCAUAAGUGUUAAAAAUCCACAGGUUUUAUUGCUUCAAACAGUACAUUCUGUUUCAAUGACCCAAGAUUACAUUGACCUCAGAAUGAGAAGUGAUCUGCUGUGGGAUGGAGAGUUGAUUGGAAAUGAACCUGAAGUUUAUAAUCCGACAUCAUUGAAAGAGAUAGACAGACUGGAAUCCAGUUCUCGAAUGAUUGAUAUGUAUGUAGAGGAACAUACAGUUCAAAACAUCGUUGCUGCAGCACAUUUUGCGGGUCUCUUUAACCAAACGGUGGUUUCACAGUUCCUCAGAACCCACUGUGAAGUUCUAUGCGUCGGCACAGUUUUACCGGAGCUUAAAGAAGCACUACCGAAUAGAACAUUGAAAGUGCAAGUUGUAACGUUAAACCCACCAACUAUUGCACUUCAGAACAGAAGAGCGCUUGUAUCACUAAACGUAUCGCUGGAGGUUUUUGGUGACCCUCCAAUAGAUGAAACCGACUGUUCUGUUUUGAGCAUAUCCGCUUAUACGGAAUUCCUGUUGACAAUGGAGAUGAUAAAUAAAAGGUUAAAAGGUUACGUCAGUAUGGUUACUGCCAAAGCAUCGUUAUUGGACAACAAUUUGGAACUCUUGUCACAAAAAGCAGUAGACUUCCUGAUAAAUAUGUCGAAACCGUUCCUGGAAGAUGCAGUUGACAUGUUUUUUGGUCAAGGCUUGUUGGUCAACGAUCCGUUUCGGUUUCCAAGUGUAAAUGAGCAUUUAAGUAUUAAUCGGAAAUUUCUUCGUUUCCAAACCGAUCUGAUCAUUCCAAGUGAUUUAAGUCGAAGUUAGAG